UGUGACGAAAUUGUUUUUACGACAGUUCAGAUCGAAAGUCGGCCCAGGAUGCCGGUGUGUUUGCGGACUUCGGCAUGGGCCCUCACUCCUUGGAUAUUUCUUUGCAGGAAGAGACGGUUCGUCCUCUGGUCUACCAAGGCAGCGUACCAUUCAAACUACAUUAGAGUUUUGCUAGAAGACUUACCGGUUAGCCGAUUAAUAAACCUACUGACCGGACAGGCAACAGGCCCCGGCAUUAUCUCCAGAUUCGGCUCCAGUUUUGACGCACAGGUGUCCAGAAGAUUCAGCAUGUCGUCCACCGCGAUGUCCCAGAGAAUGGUGUGGGUGGACCUGGAGAUGACAGGUCUCAACAUUGAGAAGGACCAGAUCAUUGAAAUGGCAUGCAUCAUCACAGACUCUGACCUGAACAUUUUGGCUGAGGGGCCCAACUUAAUAAUCAACCAGCCAGACGAAUUGCUGGAAGGGAUGUCAGAUUGGUGUAAAGAGCAUCAUGGAAAGUCAGGACUGACCCAGGCUGUACGGGACAGUAAAAUCACCCUGGAACAAGCAGAGUAUGAGUUUCUGUCCUUUGUCAGACAGCACACCCCACCCGGGCAAUGUCCCCUUGCUGGUAACUCUGUGCAUGCGGACAAAAGGUUCCUGGACAAGCACAUGCCACAGUUUAUGUACCACCUUCAUUACAGAAUCAUUGACGUUAGCACCAUCAAGGAGCUUUGCAGACGAUGGUUUCCAGAGGAAUACAAGAUGGUACCUCACAAGAAAGCCACCCACAGAGCCUUGGAUGAUAUACGGGAGAGCAUUAAAGAGCUGCAGUACUACAGAGCCAACAUCUUCAAAGCAUCAACGGAGGAGAAGAAGCGCAAGAUUAUAGAAAAUGGCGGCGGCAGCAACAAAAGUUAGCAAGCAUGAAUGAAAGUAUUCAGCCCUCAGUGUUGUGUUGCUGAAUUUCUUGAAGAAAGCAGUUUCAUUAUUCAGUGGGAUUUAAGUGAUUGUCUUCAUUGAUUUUAGUUUCUGUUCAUAUCUAGCUGUCCAAUGAUCCUUUGAUCCAGUAUUGUUCAAAAGUUGGACAUAGAGGUUUCAUCAAAGGGAGCAAGAUUCUUGUAACAGUUUCUUUAAAAGAAACUUUUUUUUCCCCAAGUUUAAAAGAGUAAUAUUUGAAAGUAACCUUUGGUAGUCUGCAGUUUUGUAUUAUCUAGACAUCUUUAGUCGGGGUUUGACUUGAAUUUUCCCAAAUGAACUCAGUGGUCCCUGAGAACACAGUCUAGUCCAGUGCACCCUUGGCACCUUUAUCUACCAAAUACCACACAUACUGAAUGCAACAGUGUGUGUCACGUGUCGUGAGUUCACACAGGGAGUUGCACACAGAAGUACAAACAAAUAUAACUAUGUAUAUAAGUAUGUGUAGUAAAUAUAUUUUCUGAAUGUGGUGUUGAUUGAAAACUACUGUCUCAAAGGGCAAUGCGUGAAAUUAAAUGUUGAGGUAGCUCACAAUUGGAAUAUUAAACAUUUAACACAAUGAGAUGACAUCAAAAACCAUUUUGGCUUCUCGCUAUUAAGUCUGCAAAUUACAGUAUGUACAGUAGCUUUUUAAAGCUGAGGUGUGUUUGCCAGUAUGAAAACAUGUAUCACAUACAUAAAUAAAUUUUAAUCACUGUUA